AUGAAGCGCUCCGCUCCUCUCGAUUCACAAGCUGGACGCAUCUGGCCUCGCAGUCCGGGGCUGGUCAGCUCUCGGGCUCAGACGCCAGCUGCAGUCACCUUGGUGCUGCGGGAAGUUACAGAUAAUAGGAUGAGGAUCUUUUUUCCUCAAGCCACGCACAUAGCGGGUUCUCAGGCCAAAGAAAAAAUAGGACGAAUGUCUGUGUUGUCAGCGAAGCCUCAGUCCCCCAAGCUGCCCAACCGCCACUCUCGCCUCAACUCGUUCGUCGAGGUGACUGCCGACGGACUGACCAGCGAAACCAAAAAAACAGGCAAACGCAGCGGGCACCUCGAGCUGCAGUGGAACGAAGACCUCACCCUUAAUGUGACGCCUCAGAGCCGUCUGGAUCUGAAGCUGUGGAGCUGCCACACCUUGAGAAAGGAGCUGCUGGGCAGCGCGACCAUAGACCUGCUGGACACACUGCGCACACACGAUGGCAAAAUGGAGAACGUCCAGUUGAGUCUGGUGCUGCAGACGGAGAACAAAGGCUCGGUUGUAGCAGGAGGGGAGCUCAACGUCUGUCUGGACGGGAUGGUUGUUGAUCUGGGCUCGCUGCCCAAUGGCAGCACGGCAGCAGACAAAAUUCUUCAGUCUGAGAGGCCGAACCUGAGGAGGACUCAGAGUGAGGAGACCACCAGCACAGCUGGAUCCCACAGCAGGUCAGAACACACAGACACGGAGGCCGUUAGCGCAGUUUGA